CUCCUUAACCAACCGGAAAUCCUCAUUUUCCCCCGCUGACACACACCACACAUCAACGCACGCCUCACGCCUCACACAACCACAAUUUCUUUUUUUUCAUGUGAAAGUCCACCACUUCUUUUUGCCUCGUGAAGCACUAACUUUACUCCGAUCCCCUACUUUUUCCACAUUGUCUUUCCAUGUAACCAUCUACAUCUCACUGUCUUGGGCAAAAUGCUUUCUAUAUUCAUUCUUUAAUACUCCUUUUGAUUGAUUUCGAUUAUUCGGGUGGAAGAGAGUGUAUUAGAAUGAUUGAGAGCGAUUUCGGGGACAUCUUGGCUUCUAAUAAGGAUGAUGUAAUCCAGAGUAUUCUCACUGAGGAAGAUCUAUACAAAAUUCUUGGAGCACAAAGAUCCGCUUCGGGUGCAGAAUUGCGACGAUGCUAUUUAGAACGAUCGAAAAUAUGUCAUCCCGAUAGAAUUCCUUUUCAUCCGCUUUCUACCCGCGCAUUCCAACGUCUAGCCUUCUCUUUCGAAAUUCUCAAAUCUCCGUCUUCUCGUCGAGCUUACGAUUCCGCCACUUCCUUGUCCUCAAUUUCUACUUCCACUUCGUUACCCACCAAACAUCCUUCUCCGUCCUUAGCCUCAGACAAUUUGUUUCGAACUACCGUCUCAUCACUCAUACAUGACUUCCUUACAGGCGACUUCAUUACUAUCCGCUCGCUUUUAUCAUCCUUAAAUUCUCAAUACCCUCACCUGAUUAAUACCGACGUAACUUCUUCUAUCGAAGUCGCUUUUAUAAAAGUGAGAGAAUUGGUUAUGAGAGGACGGGUAUGGGCAUUAUUGAUAUAUAUUGAAAUGGGGAGGAUAUGGAGAGUUCAGAAGAGGCUGAGAAGAUUAGGAAGAUGGGAUUUAGUAGGGAAAGCGAGGAUGAUGCUUUUAUUAGUAAGGGUGGUCGUAGCCGUUCCCGUCAGAGUUGAUCGGGCUCUCAAAGCACGUGUUGAGAAAGAGAGAAGAACAAUGAAAACGGGAUCAGAAGCAAAGGAACUGGACGAGAGACUGGACUCGGAAGAUGAACUCGCGAGAGGCGGAAUUCUAAAUGAGAGGGUUUGUAAAGUAUUGGAGUUUAUUGUUGGGGAGGCGGGUAAGGAUGAAGAGGGAGAGGAUACUGGUGUUCGGAUUUGAUAUCAAAUGAUUUGGUAUUGGUAUUAUAUGCGGCUUGGGCUUGGAAUAUUCGGAUGUGGGAAAAGGGGAAUCACGCUUUUAGUGGCUUGUCCUAUUACAGGGAGUGGCGUUUGGAUAGGAUAUACCAAAGACUAAAGAGAUAUGGACAGUUAUAUUGUAUUGGAUCCAAGGUCUUUUGUGGAACGAUACGAUCUUUGGAUACAGGAAAAUUCCUAGCUAUACAAUGACGAAAGAAGAUUUUUUGUGCGUUACCAUUUUUUUCCCGGACGUUCA